UCAUUACUCACUAAGAGAAAGUUGAAAAAAGUAAAUAAAAAUCGGCUAUGAAAACCCCACUAGUCCGCCUCUAAAUCACAAAUUGCGCAACUCACAUCCCUAUAGAGAGAGAGAGAGAGAGAGAGAGAGAGAAAAAUGGCGAGAUUGACGGUGUUGAUUGUGGCGGUUGCGCUAGCUUUUCUAGUGGCGGCGCCGAUGCCGGAAGUGACGGCGAAGAAGUAUACAGUCGGAGAGAACAAGUUUUGGAACCCCAACAUUAACUACACCAUCUGGGCUCAGGGCAAGCAUUUCUACCUCGGAGACUGGCUCUAUUUCGUGUACGACAGAAACCAACACAACAUUCUUGAAGUGAACAAGACUGACUAUGAAGGCUGUAUCGCCGACCACCCAAUACGUAACUGGACACGUGGAGCUGGGAGAGACAUUGUCACUCUCAACGAGACCAAACAUUACUACCUUCUUGAUGGGAAGGGUGGCUGUUAUGGUGGCAUGAAGCUAGCUGUUAAAGUCGAGAAGCUUCCUCCUCCACCAAAAUCUGCACCUGUCAAGAACAUUGGAUCAGCUUCAAUGGUCACAGGUUUCGCUCAAUUCAUGAUUCCGGUAUCUCUUUUCGCUUUCCCGGCAAUGUGGGAUGUGAUCUCAAGGAUGUGGUAGUGGUGACCAGUCUCAAAGUUCUUUAGUUGAAUCGAAAAUUCUUUUCAGGGAAAGCUUUUAAAUUUAGUUGAGUUUCUCUUUUUCUCUUUGUAAUGUUGGAUUGAUUGUUGGUUUUUAAUCUUUUGUUUAAUUGUUGAAAAAGAUUGUAAUUGGUUUAUUUGAGAAAUUAAAUUACUGAAAUUUUCUUGUUUAGUUGCAAGUGAAUGAGCUGGAUCAGUUGUUGAA